GUCUCUUUUUCAUGUUCGUUUCCUGUUUUUUGCUCCUUGAUCAUCUUUUUUUUGAUAACUUUGAUUCUUUAAUUUUUUUUUCUUUAUCAAGAAUGGAGGGGAGGAAACUGAAUUUGUAUUCUCCAUUACCAUCAAUAAGGCGAAUUUCAAGUAAAACAAAGCAUUCAAGUGAAUCAGAUAACAAGACAACAGUUAUUACCAGACCAGAGCGUCGAUCAUGCCUAAGAAUAGAACAAGAAACGCCGGUUUCUGUAUUACCAGACCAGAGCUUCGAUCAUCUCUCCGAACCAGCUCCAGUUCCUUUUAUGUGGGAACAAACCCCUGGAAAACCAAAAGAUAACAUGACUAUACUGAUUCAAGAAUCAGGUUUACUAGAAACCGAUGAUGAAGAAGAAGAAGAAGAUUUGUAUACAGGUUCUUCUGAUGGAACCUUCUCCGUUAACUGCAGCACAAGUGGAGUGAGUGAGAUCGAAAAGAACGUUGAGAAAGCUGACGAUGCGUCGUCUAGAGAAAGUCUUGAUCUAAUGAUGUCGAGAUUCUUACCAGCUGCUAAAGCGAUGGCUUUCACACAUCAAAAACGCUCUUCAGAGCAAAAGCAAACCCUACAAAACAGAGAAGCACUUGCAAUUCGCCAAAGAAGUCAAGUAGUCGCAGAACAUGAGCAUUUCGCUAUUGUUCAGAGUCUUUAUAAUGAUUUAAACAUUGAUGAUGAUGACGACGAGGAUGAUGAGUAUGAUGUUGAUCACCGAAUCUACCCUGAAGUUACUAUCAAGAAGGCUUGUGGGUUCUUGCCAAGGCUUUGUGCCAAAAACUCAUUCAAGAUUUCAAACCCGGUUCCUUUGGUUUCAGGAUCAAACCGGGGUUUGUAUCAUUCUUGUGAACAAACCGGUUUACCAAACUGGUCAACUAGGCGUCUUUCCGGUUUUAUAUCUCCGUACCGAACCUCUCGUUCGGCUCCGGAGAAACCAGAGAGCUUCAAAAGGUUAAACAGAGGAAUCAGCAAGUCUCAAGAACUGUAUACACCAAGAACAAGAAGAGAGAGUCUUCCUAAUCACUCACAUUCUGGAGAAGUCACAAUGUUUAGAAACUCUAUCUCAACUCCGUCGAGGAUACAAGGGACGACCAUUCACGACUCGAGGUUUCUUGCGGAGGAAGUUAUUAGAAGAAGAAGAAGAAGCAGCAACAGGUCAGGGAACCUUUUGAAAACAUGGCCGGAAUGUACGGCGGCGAUUUCUACGCCACCCUUACCAGAAACUCCAACUCGGCCUUGGCUCCGACGAACACUCCUCCCGCCGGUAAGCCCUAGACCUUACGGCGUCGUGUUAGGUCAAGUUGGUGCUAAGAAACUGAGUCAAGAAAUUCUUGAAUCUACAAAAUGGGAAACGAUCGUUAAAACAUCUUAUGUUCACAACGACCACGUUCGUUAUUCUCAGGAGCUGACUGUUCAUCCCUCUCGCCAGAAAAUUACAUAAAAACAGAUAAAUUACUUCUUCGUUUUUACUUUACAAUUAAAUUAAUAAAUAGCUUAAAUUUCUGCCUCUUAUUUUUCAUGAUGCAGGCAACACGAAUUUACCUGAGAUUGAUUUUUUUUUUUUUUUGUUAUAUAUUUGUGUGUGUGUUAUGAUUGUUGGCUUUGUUUUUCUGACCACGUGUUUUGUAAUUGAAGACCUAAAUGUUCUUGAUG